GCGGCCGUCUGCUCUGGCCCGGCUUCCUGACCGGGCUCAGUCUACACGGAGCGACCUGGCGGAUGCUGACUCGAGUGGACUCGAAUCAUGUCGGAUGUGCUUCAGGGUCGGGGCCGGAGGCGGUGAGCCCAAUUUCGUGUUGACGCUGAGUCGUGCGCGGCUCAGGCCCGACCCGGCCCACGCCGCGGGCUCGCGGACGCCCAGCUCGGCACCACCCACUGGAGGAGACCAUGGAGCAGCAAGAUGAGCAGUCCCUGGAGUCCCUGCAGGCCUGUGUGGAGAACUUUGUUCUACCCCAAGAGAUGAUCAUCGAAGUGGAAGGAGAAGAUGCUGGGUCACUGGACAUCGUGCCCCAAGAAAGCAGAGACUUCAAGAUUGUGACUGUGGACCCUACUGAGCAGGAGCAGAGCACUUGGAACAAUGCCCAGAAAACCCCAGAGAGAACUUUGAUCCUGGGGGGCCACAGGGGCCUGUGGGACUUGCCAGCUAUACAUGGAAUCGAAACAACCUCAAAGCAGACAGUGUUUGAUGAAGAACCCUCGCAUGGAGUGAAGAUAGAAGGGUUGGCAAGAGAUGAUCCUUGGCUAUCUUCAUGUGAAGAGUUCCGCGAUUAUGAGGAGCAGUUGGAUAAACAGCAGGAUAAACAGGAGGAAGUGGCCUUUACUCAAGGGAGAGCUGGUCCUCCUGAGACGGUGUACAGGGGUGAUGAACUUGACAGGAGUUGCCUGAGUACCAGCCGGGUUUCUUUCCCCAUGAUACCACUCAGAACCCGUUUUCAUAAACAGGUAUCACACAUUAGAAAGUUACAUGGUGACACUGUUGCAAACAGGUAUCAGAAGAGUAGUGAUAACACAGAUCUCCCUGAAAAUGACACAUGUGGAAAAGUCCCUCCGGGCAUUCAUCUCACUCAGUGCACAAGAGCCCCAAACGGAGAUAAAUCCAAUGAAGUUAAAGGUUGUAUCCAACCUAUUGGCCAUGGUAUACCCCUAAAUCUGCAUAAAAAAGGGCCUUUAGAAGGUAAAACCUUUGGCUUUAAAGGGCGUGGGCAAGUUUUGAACCAUAACAUAAUCCUCAGUGAACAACAGAGGGUUCUUGUUAAAGAGAGCCAGUAUAAAUGUAUUAAAACUGCCCCAAAUCCAUCUCUGCCUCAAAAUAUGAGAAACUAUUCUGAAGAGAAACGUUUUGAAUGUAAGUAUUGUGGCAAGUCCUUCAGCUGGAGUUCGCAUCUCAUUGCACACCAAAGAACUCAUACAGGGGAAAAGCCAUAUAAAUGCAACCUGUGUGGAAAGUUCUUCACCCGGAGUUCACAUGUUGUUUCUCAUCAGAGAAUUCAUACUGGAGAGAAACCAUACAGAUGCAAUCUGUGUGGGAAGUCUUUUACCCAAAGGUAUGUUCUUGUGGUACAUCAACGAACUCAUACUGGCGAGCGCCCUUAUGAAUGCAGCCAGUGUGGGAAGUCCUUCAGGCAGAGCUACAAACUUAUUGCACAUCAGAGAACUCAUACAGGAGAGAAGCCAUACGAAUGCACUCAGUGUGGGAAAUCAUUUAUCCAGAGUUAUAAGCUUAUUGCGCAUCAGAAAAUUCAUUCUGGAGAAAAACCAUAUGAAUGCAAUCACUGUGGGAAGUCCUUUAGUCAAAGCUAUAAGCUUGUUGCACAUCAGAGAACUCACACAGGAGAAAAGCCUUUUGAGUGUAAUUACUGUGGGAAAUCAUUCAGCUGGAGCUCUCAGCUGGUGUCGCAUCAGAGAACACACACAGGAGAGAAACCAUAUGAGUGUAAUGAGUGCGGGAAGUCAUUCAAUCGCAGUUCACAUCUUGUUAUGCAUCAGAGAAUUCAUACUGGAGAGAAGCCGUAUCAGUGUAAGCAGUGUGGGAAAUCUUUUAGUCAGAGUUACGUGCUUGUUGUUCAUCAGAGGACCCACACUGGAGAAAAGCCCUAUGAGUGUGGCCAGUGUGGGAAGACCUUCCGGCAGAGCUCCUGCUUUACUCAGCACCAGAGAACGCACACCGGCGAGAAGCCCUAUGAGUGUAAUCAGUGUGGGAAAAGGUUCAGUCUGAGUGCCCGGCUUAUUGUCCACCAGCGAACUCAUACUGGGGAAAAACCCUACAAAUGCAGCCAGUGUGGGAAGGCGUUUAUUAGCAGCUCUAAACGCAGUAGGCACCAGGCUACUCAUAGUGAGGAGUCCUGUAAGUCCUGACUUAGUUGAGAGUAUGAGUUUAUUCCUGUCAGUCCAGUCCUUUCUAAAAUUGUAUCUGAGGGAAUGUAUUUGGUGGGAAGUAAGAGUGUGAGAAGAAUUCACACAGACCCUUUCAUUAUCCCUGUGUCGCAGGUAGAAAAAAGUAAGGCCUUUAGUUUGACAGAUAAGGAUCAGAAGCCCCUGGAGAAGAAAAACCUUACAAACUGGCAGAGAUGCUUUCUUGGAUGGCUCUGUGGAGGCAUCAUCCCUAAGCUGAUCUCAGAAGGCCACCUGUGUAAUGGCAGACGUUGCUUCCCAUUCUGUGUACACAGAAGGCACAUCCUAGACCCAGAAAAAGUUUAGAUCAUAUACUGUACACUUAGUUCAGAUCCCCUCUUGUAUGUGAGUUCUGGCCUGGUCCUUGAGAGCUCAGCCUCUCUGUUGCAAAGCUGACUCUAAGUUAAGCUCAGGAGGUGCGUGCUCAAUAAUGUCUUGACUGAGAAGGUAAUCAUUGGCCACCAGUUCUGCUCUCCUACUUUCUAGCUCUUUUCCUUCGUGUUACUAGGUAGCCAGGCCAUGUCCUCUCACCUCUUAUCUCCACCUGGAGCCUUCAUGCCUAUUCACUUCAGGUAGAUGAGCCAUUCAGUUUCUCUUUCAUGCAGGCUUGACUAGUCAGGCUCCGGUCGUAGGCAAAUGGUAAACUCACGUUGGGCUACCCUACUUCUCUUUACAGGAGCUGCCUUUAUAUCUCAAAGCUUUGCUUGCUCUUCUACUACCCUCACUAGUCAUUCCUUGCCAUCCAGAGACAACAUAGGGUCCACUGCCUCAGAUUGACAGGCGGCCACUGAGUUUUCAGGCCCCUAGUCCUCUAAGCUCACCUGAGCCAAGGAACUGUCUCUGUUGCCCUCAUAGCUCUGCACAGUACUGCUGUGGAUGCUGGCCAUGAGCUUCCUGUUUAAGAAAAUCCACAAGCAGAGUCCAGUGUGGGCCAGCAUGGACUAAACGCCUAUCACUAGUGAGGCUGAAUCAAGAGGGUUCUGAGUUCAAGACCAGCCUGUGCUACAUGGCAAGACUGUCUCAAAAACUAUUUCCUUAUGUGUACUCCGGCAAAAAUAGUGUAGUGUUGGUGAUUUCCUUGAAGAAAGAAAGCAGUCAGAUCUGAAUCUCAGAGAACCUAGAUCUGAAACUGAUGGCCUUUCCAAAAAGGCUAAAUGAAAUGCUGACUGGCAGAUGUGCUGUGGUGACUCAAGAGAAUGGCCUUUUAGAACUUAUAUCAAAAAGCAAAAUUUGACCAUGUUAAGCUGCAUAAUUUUCCUGAUUGGCAGUUUGUCAUAUUUUAUACACUUCUGUUACAAGUGAAGAUUUUUUUCACAACUAAGGUAAAUGACCACUAUGAAAUGAAAUAUGUGAUGAGAGUAUAAUCUCCAGAACUUCUCUGAUAAAAUGUGUACAGCUCGAAGUUGAAAGUAUAAUGGAUCUAUUUAUUUGAUACUUUUAUGUUAUCUUUUGGAGAUGCAUGUUGUGCUAUAACAAAUGGUUCAAGGAAUAAAAAGUUUUCCCAUUUGU